AUGGAGGUGGGAAGUAAGAAGCAUCGGCAGAGGUCGACGCAGAGGCAGAAGAAAUCGCCUGGGAACGAGGAGUCGCCGCUUUACGAGGUCGUCUGCCCGGCUGUCUAUUUGGCUCGGGUCUUCGGCCUGGCGCCUUACGAACUCGAGGACGCCCGACCGGACAACAAUAGGCCCAAACGACUCGGAGCUUCUACUGUCUACUGUUUCUUCUCGAUAUUCUGGCUCAUCGUCUACACCUACAUCGUCGUCAUCUCGUUAAUUCGAUUCGGAGGACUCGACAGGGACAAGCCCGUGCUCGGGGUUACCGAGGAUGGCAAGCUGAUCCUGAAUUACUUGGUCUCCAUGGUGGACACCUUGCUCUGUAUUCGCUGUCGCGAGCGAUUCGUCCACGUCUGGAACUCCAUUCAGGACUUUGACGAGUCCUUUCAGCUCGGUAAUGUCCCCGCCGGCAGAGACAGCCCGAGGUACAGCCCAAUACUGAGGCGAGCGCGGUUCUGGGUCUGGACCAUACUCACGACCAACGUCGUCGGCUGGACCAUGAUCAAUCAGCUGGGAAUGCACGCGUUCGGCGAGCCCUAUCUCCAGAACAUCGGCUACAUGCUCACCUAUGUCGGCACUUGCGUGGCGGUGCUCAAAUUCGUCGGAGUGGUCAUGCUGCUCGGCCAGAGGUUCGCCUAUCUGAACGAGGAGCUUGCGAGGCAGCGGAAGAAGGAGGAGGGCAGGAGGAGCCGAGCCGCUGACGAGAUCGUCAAGAAAAUAGAAAGCUCGUACAAUAAGCUGCUGAGCACGAGCGAGGAGCUCGGCAACAUCUACUCGUUCUCGCUGUUCCUCUACCUGCUGAAUCUCUUCUGUCACGCGGUGAGCAACAUGUACUUCUUCACCAUCUGGACGAUACUCGAUCCGGGAUACCUGAAGAACCCGAAGAUCGUCUUCUGCCUCUUCAGCUGGCUCCUCAUCUAUCUCGUCCAGAUGCUGCUCAUCCACGUCGCCUGUCACUUCACCUCGCUCGAGGCGAACCGCAUGGCCAGCGUCUUGCUGGACUGGCGACGACAGGCGUACCGGCAGAGCAAAUACGAAUUCAGCUCGACGCUGCACUAUCUGAAUCGGAGAUUGAAUUUCACGGCGGCCGGAUGCUUCAACGUGAACCUGCCCCUGCUGACUUCGAUCUUCGGACACCUCACGACGUAUCUGGUGAUCCUCCUGCAGAUACCCGACAGCUCUAAUUCCUAG